GGGCAAGUGCUCCUGAAUGUUGGUGAGAAUUUCAUGAGAACUCUCCACUCCCUGCAGCAUUACCCCUCAGCCCGUCCCACCCUCAGACGUUUUUCCUCUCUCUCUGUCUCCUCUGUGUCUUGUUUGGCCAGUACAAUGACUGUGGGGAACAUGGAGAGUGCUGCACUCUUUAAUGCAGGGAAGAAAGGUCGAGGCCUCAGGGCUACCAAAGAGCUCAGCGCUGGGGAAGUGGUCUUUGCUGAGCCCAGUUUCUCUGCUGUCGUCUUUGACAGUUUCACCUCUCAGGUUUGCCACAGCUGUUUUCGGCAUCAGGCCAAACUGCAUCGCUGUGCUCAGUGUAAGUUUGCCCACUACUGUGACCGCACCUGCCAGACUGCAUGCUGGGACGAACAUAAGCAGGAGUGUGGAGCCAUCAAGAAGAUCGGCAAGGCACCCAGUGAGAACAUCCGUCUGGCAGCUCGCGUGCUGUGGCGUAUACACAAGGACACAGGCAUUGUGUCAGACAGCCAGCUGAUCUCAGUGGACCAGCUGGAAGACCACGUAGCUGACCUGCCUGAAGAAGACCUCAAGCAGCUCAAGACUGAUGUGCACAACUUCCUGGAAUACUGGUCUUAUGGAAGAAAGCAGCACUCUGUUGACUACAUCUCACACAUCUUUGGCAUAAUCAAGUGUAAUGGAUUCACACUGAGUGAUCAGAGAGGCCUGCAGGCUGUUGGUGUGGGCCUUUUUCCCAACCUGUGUCUGGUCAACCAUGACUGCUGGCCAAACUGCACUGUCAUCCUCAACCAUGGCAAUCAGUCAGCUCUGAGUUCUGCUCUCCACUCUCAGAGGAGGAUUGAGUUGCGAGCUUUGGAGAAAAUCCCUGAAGGUGCGGAGUUGACAGUCAGCUAUGUGGACUUCCUCAACCUGUCCACUGAUCGCCAAAAGAAGCUCAAGGAGCAUUUCCACUUUGAUUGCACCUGCGAGCACUGCAGCCAGCACAUAAAGGAUGACCUGAUGAUGGCUGCCACAGAGAGUGAGGGGAACAAAUCUUCUGCUGAUAAGGUGAAAGAGGUGACUUCCUUCAGUAAAGGGUGUCUGGAGAAGAUUGAGAGUUCCCGCAUUCAGGGGGAAUACCAUGAGGUGGUGAAGUUGUGUCGUGAGUGUCUGGCAAAGCAGGAGAACGUCUUGGCUGACACUCACCUCUAUAAGCUACGUGUGCUCAGUGUUGCCAGUGAGGUGCUUUCAUAUCUGCAGUCCUUCUCUGAGGCUGCAGACUGUGCCCGCAGGAUGGUGGAAGGAUACAUGAAGUUGUACCACCCCAACAACGCCCUGCUGGGCAUGGCCAUCAUGCGGGCAGGUGUCACCCACUGGCAUGCUGGAGAGAUAGAGAUGGCCCAUGGCAUGAUCUGCAAGGCCUAUGGCAUCCUCAUGGUCACCCAUGGACCCAACCACGCUAUCACAAGAGACCUGGAGUCCAUGCGCACGCAGACUGAAACGGAGCUGAAAAUGUUCAAGCAGAAUGAGGAUGUCUACCACACCAUGAGGGAUGCUGCUCUGAAGAACCAGCCAAUGGCUAGCAAGCAAUAGUCACCUUCACCAGAGAGCCUAUUGAUGAAACCUCUGUUCUGAUGCAUGUCUAACUAUGCACUAACAUGUACAUACAGUGGUGGAAAAAAGUUUUCGGACACCGUUAAAAUUUUACACAAAUAUUAUCAUGAAAUAUUUGGGGGGUAAAUUGUGUUUCAAAAGGUGGGCUGCAUUAGACGGACACAAACAAAUACAACUGAUAUUUUUUAGUUUUUGUUUGCAAGAAAAACUAACAAAACUAAAUUCUUGACCAUUUCAAUAUGUCAGUUCUUAACAUUGUCAGUAUCAAAGUCAACAAAUACAGAGAAUGUGUUCAAAACUGAACAAAAAAUAAAUAAACCAUCACAUCAUCAAAUUAAUAUUUAGUAGUCCUUCCAUUAGCAUGCAGUAGAGCUCUAAUCCUGGCUGGCAUGUUCCCCACGAGCCUUUCACACUGUUGAGGGAUAAUCUUGUCCCAUUCUUCUUGAAUUACUGCUUUUAAUUCUUCUAAAUUCUUUGGUUUAUGCUUUGAAACAGACCUUUUGAUAAUCCACCACAGAUUUUCAAUGGGGCUCAUGUCCGGGGAUUGAGCUGGCCACUCUAAGACCUGGAUACAGAGCUCCUGCAGCCAAGUUCUCCUGGCCCGUGAUGUGUGGCAAGGGGUCAUUAUCUUGUUGAAAAAGGAACAGUGCAAGAGCAGAAGGGAGCAUGUGGGUUUUGAGAAUGGCACAAUACUUGGCAGAGUUCAAUGUGCCAUCACAGACAGUGAGAUGACUCAUGCCUCCCCAAACCAUGAUACUGCCUCCACCAUGCUUGACAGUUGGUACUGUACAUGCUGGAGAUAAAGCUUGGCCUGGCCUUCUGCGGACCCUCACAUUAUCAGGAGGAGGAUAAAGCUGGAAGCUGGACUCAUCUGACCACAGAUCUUCUUCCAGUUCCUGGCUGUCCAGUUCUUGUGUGCUUGGGCCCAACGACGCCGGGCUAACCUCUGUCUCUCAUUGAUCAGGGGCUUCUUGGCAGCCUUGUAGGACCUUAAGCCAUGAUCUAAAAGUCGGCCACAUACAGUGCGGGUGGAACACUGGACACCAAUUUGGUUUGACCACUGCUGCUGAAGCUCCUGUGAUGUCAUUGGGAGGUUCUCCCUGCACAUGUGGAUCAGGAUGUGAUCAUUUCUUGCUGAAGAAACCCUUGGACGCCCAGAUCUUGGCUUGUCUUCCAAGCUGUUGGUUCGUUUGUAUUUCUGCAGAGUGUAUCCAACUGCUGAAGGACUGCAUCUGCACUUCCUGGCUAUCUGGUGGCAGCUGUACCCUUCCUCACUGAGAAUCUGUAUCUUCAGGCGUGUUUCCUGCAUUUGGUUCCUUGUUUUAGGCAUUUUUGUCUCUGACGAACUUUAAAAUGUGUUGGCUUUAUAUAGACACAAAGCACAGCAACAAAAAAUGUCUUCUAAUAAAAAGCAUGACCUUCAUUAGUGGAUCACUGAUACCAAAAUGACCCAAUACUCAAAAUUUCUUAUGUAUUUUUAUGGAACCAAUCAAUUUUAAGUUUUAAUGGCUUUUUUAGGAUUUGUUCAGUAUUUUGGCUGUGACUGUACUAAAAGAAAUUGCACUUGAAGAUCUAAGAGUGAUUCUUAAUGCAAUAUUUCACAAAUGCAUGGGGUGUCUGAAUUUUUUUUUUCCACCACUGUACAGUAUAUUGCAUGUCCUCUAAAGCACUGCACCCUCAGUCUCUUAAUUGUCAGUAUGUCUAAUGAUACACUUCUGUAUAAUUCAACAUGUGCAGAUGUAACACAACAUGUUGCAUGUACAGUAUCUACAAUAAAAGUGGAGUUACAA